CAGCAGGUGGCGGUAAAGCCACGUUUAGUUGUUUGCUGAUUGCAGGACAACACACGAAGAAGAAGUGACAGCGAGGGCGACGUACACUAGUAUUGUUCAAGCAGGGAAUAAAUAAGAUGGGAGACAGUGAUGACGAGUAUGACCGCAGGAGGAGGGACAAAUUCAGACGGGAGAGAAGCGACUAUGACCGCUCAAGAGAAAGAGAGGACAGACGCAGAGACGACUGGAACGACCGGGAGUGGGACAGAGGCAGGGAACGACGUAGCCGUGGAGAGUACCGGGAUUAUGACAGAGGUCGGAGAGAGAGAUUUACCCCGCCCCGACACGACAUGAGUCCCCAGCAGAAACGCAUGAGAAGAGACUGGGAUGAUCAUGGGGGAGACCCCUACCGUGGGGGAUACGACCUGGGGUAUGGUGGUGGAGGAGGACCCAGCUAUGGCCCCCCACAGCACUGGGGCCAUCCUGACCUGCACCUCAUGCAGCCUCAUCAGGGUAUCCCCAUUCAGGCUAGGCUGGGUAACAUCCAUGACAUGGACUUGGGCCCUCCCCCUCCAAUAAUGAAGAGCUUUAAGGAGUUUCUGCUGUCUUUAGAUGAUUCUGUGGAUGAGACCGAAGCAGUCAAGCGUUAUAAUGAGUACAAGAUUGACUUCCGCCGACAACAGAUGCAGGACUUCUUUUUGGCUCAUAAAGAUGAAGAGUGGUUCAGGUCCAAGUACCACCCAGACGAGGCCAGCCGACUUAAGGCCGAGGCCCAGAGUGCCCUGAACAAUCGUCUGAAUGUCUUUAUGUUCCUGUUGGAGAAUGGCUGGUUUGACAAUGUCUCCCUGGAUAUUGAACAGACCCCAGCAAUCAUCAAGGUUCUAGAUGCAGCUGUGAUAAAAAUGGAAGGAGGGACUGAUCAUGAUCUUCGUAUCCUGGACCUGCCAUCUGAAGAGGAGGAAGAAAGGGAGAAAUCUGCAUCUGCUUCAGGGGGCGCUGAACCUCCCAAAAGAGAAGACCUCAAAACUCUGGGGGUGGACCGCAAACCGUCAGUAGAGAAAGAGAAAGACAAAAAUGAGAAGGAGGAGGGCGACUCUGCCAGCACAGAGAGGACGGCCACAGCAGAAGGGGAAAAUGUGAAAGAAGAGGCAGAGAAGGAACCCGCUAAAGAAGAAAUACCUGAACCCAAGAAACCAAGAAGGAAGAGGAAGCGCAGUGGAGACAGUGAUGAUGAAGCCAGCGCCUCUGAGAGUGACUCUGACUCAGAUUCAGACUCCAACUCCAACUGCUCUGACAAACCUGUGAAGAAAGAGGAGGAGGUGGAAGACAAGGACGAGGAAGAAGAGGAGGGUGAAGAAGAGAAACCAAAGGAGACCUCUGAGGAGGAAAAGAAGGAAGAAAAGAAGCCCAAAGAUGACUCCCCCAGACCACGGCCUCUCCACAGGACUUGUUCUUUGUUCAUGAGGAGCAUUGCUCCCACUAUUUCCAAGGCUGAGAUUAUUGCUCUGUGUCGACGAUAUCCGGGGUUUCUGCGUGUUUGCUUGUCUGACCCGCAUCCAGAGCGCAGGUUUUUCAGACGUUGCUGGGUGACAUUCGACCGAAGUGUCAACAUUAAAGAGGUCUGCUGGAACCUUCAGAACAUUCGACUGCGAGACUGUGAACUGGCACCAGGGGUGAACAGGGACCUGGCUCGGAGGGUGCGUAAUGUAAAUGGCAUCACUCAGCAUAAGCAAGUACUCCGCAAUGACAUCAAGCUGGCUGCCAAGCUCAUUCAUGCUUUGGAUGAAAAAGGGGACCUGUGGACCAUCAAGUCUCAGGAAGAGGGGCAGAGCACUGAGUUGCCAGCUCAGAACCCCAUCUUGAAGAAUAUUACGGAUUACCUGAUAGAGGAGGUGAGUGCAGAAGAGGAGGAACUCCUCGGCUCUGGGAGUGGAAUGGAUCCUGAGGAGAGCGCCAAGGAAGGAAACCCUGCUGAGACGACUGUGGAGAGGGAUGACAAACUAGCCAAGGUUUUAGACCGUUUGGCCUUAUAUCUGCGUAUUGUGCAUUCAAUUGACUACUACAACACCUGUGAAUACCCCAGUGAGGAUGAAAUGCCCAAUCGUUGUGGUAUGAUUCACGUACGUGGACCAAUUCCUCCUAACCGCAUCACACAUGGAGAAGUGCAACAGUGGCAGAAGAUGAUGGAGGAAAAGCUGAUCCCUUUGUUCAGUUUAAAAGAAAUCCUGUCUGAGGAAGAGGCAGCAAAGAUGGGCCGCAAGGAUCCUGAAGAGGAGGUUGAGAAGUUUGUCUCUGCCAAUACUCAAGAGCUGGGAAAGGACAAAUGGCUCUGUCCUCUAAGCGGCAAGAAAUUUAAGGGUCCAGAGUUUGUACGGAAGCACAUCCUUAACAAGCAUGGUGAUAAAAUUGAAGAAGUGAAGAAAGAGGUGGCAUUCUUCAACAACUUCCUGAUGGAUGCUAAGAGGCCGUCACUUCCAGAGAUGAAGCUUCCUCCUCUUCCAGGCCCAGGUCAAGGUUUGCUUUCUCCCAGCAUGCCAUUUCCUCCUCAAGGUCCCCAGGGUCCAAUGGGCUUUGGACAGCCUCGUCCACCACUGAUGGGCUAUGGUGCAGGCGGACCUCCUUACCCCCCCAACCAAUAUGGAGGAGGCAGAGGCAACUAUGACAACUUCCGUGGACAAGGUGGCUAUCUGGGAAAGCCACGCAACAUCAGAAUGUCACGAGGUGAUCCACGCAACAUCAUUGAGUAUCGUGACCUGGAUGCACCCGAUGAUAUGGACUUCUUUUAGGAAGUUCACUUGUUAGUCUUUGUCUUCGCUCUUCACCAGUGUUGUGCUCCACUCGCUUUUUGUAGUAAUUACAUUGUUUCUCUUCUUAAAUAUUUCAUUUUGUAACUAUUGUGCAACGAGAACAAACCGAUGUACUGCUGUAAACUGGUCCCUAAAUAAAGUUGUGAUGAAGCUACAAUAA